CGCCGUCACUCUUUUCCCACGUUCCCUCGUAGACUGGGGAAGUUCGUCACAAUGUGUUUAUUAUAUAUAUCUGUAAUCUUUCCUCCCUCUGCUUUCAAGUUCUUGCAUUCUCUUGUGUCUCUUGUGCCAGCAUCCUUCACCACCCCACGAGACAAAUCCUAAUCGUCGGAGGCCAGACACGUCUCUCAACCUGCUUGAUCUUGCCAAUCGAGAAUCGCCCACCACCAGAUCAUACUAUUCACCUUCCAGCCCCCCCUUACUUUAUAGAUCUUUUUGGGAUUUCGAGCAACUCAGAUGGCGAAGCAACCAGCCAUGGAAUUGGCACCAUUUUAUUCACGGUUUGUUGUAUCUAGCUCCAAUCGCCCGAACUCUCACCCGCAGACAAAUUCUGAGGAAGCAGAGGAGUACAAGCACCUCGAGUAUUACUUGGCCAGCUUACCCUACGCAAAAUUCACCAAUUUGGGCUCGAAAAGCCCAGCACGAAUUGCGGCUUGGAAUCUCACUUCCCGAAGACACCCAAUUCAGAGCGAGGGCAUCGUCACCUAUACUCCACGUGGUGUGGUGGACCGUGGGUCAAUAAAACAGGGUAAAGAGUACAGUGGCGUCUUCAUAAUGACAUCACUUUUCAAAAGUGGAAGAGAAUGGAUUAAGAAAACAGGAACUGCGUUUGCUGUUAGCAAGUUCCAUGUCUUGACCUCGGCUCACCUCAUGUUCGACCUGAAGUUGGGUCCUGCUAAGUCGGCAUUCCUCUCCCCAGAUGAGCGCCAGGGCAGAUACGGGGAUCGUGGCAAGCGGUGCGUCGCUGUUGCCUGCCACGUCAACUAUAUCAAGACACUUGAGCGGAAAGGGGGAUGGACCAAGAAUGACUUCUGCAUGGUGGCCGUCGAAGAGCCUUUCGACUCAGGGGUCCGUAUCCCCAGGUGUCAUAAUGGACCCGGCCCGUCCUAUGAUGAGGAUGGAUUGAUUAUCGGUUUUCCCAAGGACAUGCCUGAAAUCUCCCCUGGAAAACGUCUCAUUUCGUCCACGGGCUCGGUAUACUGUCGGGAGAAGAACGGUGUCCUGUUAAUGCAGCACAAGAUAAAUACAGUCGAAGGGAACUCGGGCAGCCCAGUCAUUGUCAACAGCCUUGUUGUUGGCAUCCACAGCGGAUUCAUAAAAGCGAAGGGAUACAACGAAGCCGCGGCAGUGAAUCGAAACGGUAACACAGUUGAAGACUUUUCUGCAGUGCUACGUUAUAUGCGAGCCCAGCAUGCGAGGUUUCGUCAAGACGUCGGAGUGCUCGGAAAAGCUAGAGGUGUGACUCAUCCCGGAGAGGUGUUAACUUUGUUUGGCUGAUGGUAGCGCUUCCUCCAUCGUAUGAAUUGUCUUGGGGAUGUUGGGAAGUAUACGGGGAUUGUGAAUAAAGGCUGGCGCAAAUCGUGGUUCUAGGCAAAACGGCACAUGAGAGGCUGAUAUGAGUAUUUCAGGUCUAACAUUCGAUGGGAUGGGAUAUGUUAUAGAUACCAAUUUUGUUUCCUUGAUAUUUACUAUCUUGUUAUAUAGUUACUUCAAUUGGAAUAGAUUUAUCUUGGGUUGAAGGUCAACCUAUUAUCUAUUAA